ACAGCCGACGAGGAAAAAAAAAGUGUAUAUAUAUAUAUAUAUAUAUAUAAAAGCAAUUAAUCGACGGCGGCUUAAGGAGACGGGGAAACUCCGAGAAUUUGAAUACAGUGUGAAGAGUUAACACUCUCUUAAUAAUGGAAGGUGGAUCCCCAGACCGGGAAUCAAUAGGGUCUGGGACAAAGAGGUCCAGUGUAUCGUCAGGCAGUAGGCCACACAAUCACAAGGUGUUUCUUAAUAGAUUUGUUCAAAGUGAAAUUCUGACUGCAAAAAUCGAAGACUGGUUUAUUUCGAUUUCAGAAAAGUCAGCUACAAAAAAGUCACCAUUUGAUGUCCCUUUUGAAUUGAUAGAACUUCAAAAAUUUGAUUAUGCAUUGGAAGGAGUUUCAUUUCAGCAGGUGACUAGGAUGCCCAAUGUUGUUUAUGCUUCAACAUCCGAUGCUGUUGAAGCAACUGCUUAUCUUGCUAUUGAGGAUUUUCUGCAUGCAAGUGUUAAAGGCUUAUGGGAGGCAUUUUGGAGUGAUGAUGAACCCAUGCCUUUCUCUGUUGCCUGUCUACACAAUGCAAACUUAAAAUUCUACCAGGCUGAGAAGGCUAUAGCAAGUGGGAAGCUUGAAGGUCUUUGUGCUACUGGUGUGUUGCUCAAGAACUCCAGACAUCCACAUGGAAAGUGGGACCACAUUCUUGAAUUGGCUCUUUUAAGGCCUGAUAUCAGAACCCUUGCCAUGGAUGGUGACCAGCAGCCUUCUUUAUCUGUUCUAGGGGAAGCUCUUUUCUAUGCUCUUCGUAUACUACUAUCAAGAAGCUUAAGUAGAUUGACUUUUUCUCUGAGCUCAAACACAGUAUUUGUUCUUCUUGUUGACUCUCAAUACGGUGGGGUCGUAAAAGUUGAAGGUGAUGUAAAUAAAUUGGAGUUUGAUGUGAAUAAUAUUUAUGACUGUGCUGCUGAGUGGAUAAAAAAGCAUUGUAGAAUUGCAGUCUCUCCAAUUGAUAGGAUUUGGAACAAGCUUGGAAAUGCCAACUGGGGUGAUAUUGGUGCUCUACAGUUACUUUUUGCGACUUUCCACUGUAUCGUGCAAUUUGCUGGAUUUCCCAAGCACUCAAUUGAAGAUUUGGCUGCUGACCAUGGUUCUCGCCUUCAAACAAGAAGAGUUGAGAGGCAGUUGGGGGAUACCUGGGUGAAUGGAAAUGGUCUAUUUCGGUUCCAGCAGCAGAGUGCUUCUGCUGAAAUUGUUGAAGUUCAGGAUGAAUCUAUCAAAGUAGAGUCUGAAGAGUUAAUGAAGCUAGAAGUAGGAUCUGUAUUAUGGUUAGAGGAUUCAAACUUUCAAAAAGGUUAUCAGAUUAAUGAUGUCCUUAGUAAUGGUGAAAUUAGAUAUUACAUUGCUUCACCGGUAGAAGAGUCAGGAAAGUCUCUGUUUCUCUUUGUCGGUUCACAUCCUUCUCAACUGGAACCAGCUUGGGAAGACAUGAAUUUAUGGUAUCAAGUUCAGAGACAGACUAAAAUAUUGACAAUCAUGAAACAGAAAGGUUUAUCUAGCAAAUAUUUGCCACAGUUGAGUGCUUCUGGGAGGAUUGUUCACCCUGGCCAGUGUCAGCGAUUCAGCUCUGGUAGGAACUGUGAUCACCCUUUGUGUGGAACUCCAAUUCUUGUGACCAGCCCAGUUGGUGAAACAGUUGCAGAUAUGAUAAGUGAAGGUCAAUUUAGUUCAGAUGAGGCUAUCAGGUGUUGCCACGAUUGCCUAUCUGCACUUUGUACUGUGUUUUUUGCUGGUAUUCGGCAUGGAGACAUCCGGCCAGAGAAUAUAAUCUAUGUAAGAUCUGGUGUGAGGCAUCCCUAUUUUGUCCUUAUCGGUUGGGGACAUGCUAUACUUGAAGAUAGGGACCGCCCUGCUAUGAAUCUUCAUUUUUCAUCAACUUAUGCUCUGCAGGAGGGGAAAUUGUGCUCAGCAUCAGAUGCAGAGAGCCUGAUUUACAUGCUUUAUUUUUCGUGUGGUGGGGCUUUGCCUGAUUUGGAUUCAGUGGAAGGAGCUCUACAGUGGAGAGAGACCUCUUGGUCAAGAAGACUAAUUCAGCAGAAGCUUGGUGAUGUCUCAACAGUGUUGAAAGCAUUCGCUGAUUAUGUUGAUAGUUUAUGUGGGACACCAUAUCCUAUAGAUUAUGAUAUAUGGUUGAGAAGGCUGAGAAGAAAUAUGCACCAGGAAGAUCAUGGGAAGGAUAUUGACACAUCAGGCUAGGGCUUAAUUAACUAUUGAAAGUGGCAGCAUUCAUUUAGAUCAAUAAGACCUGCCAACAGCAACAAAGAUUUUUGAUGAAUAAAUAUUUGGGAGUCAUUGGACAUCUGGAAUGUGUUGUCUUAGAUGAAUAGGCAGAUUCUGAAAUCGACUGACAUAUCAAGUGCUCGAAGUAUCUCAAUCAAGGUAAUUCUUUUGCAGUUAUUGCUUGGCUAUUGGAAAUCUUUGGCACUGGAGCUUUCGACAAAUAUGAGCCUCAGUGUCAAGAUUUUUACAGGAUGCUUUCUUGUGUGGUCAAUCAUAUGAUCCUCAGGUUCUGCCUAGCUUUGAAAAUUUAUUUUCUAUAUACAUAUAAAUUGUUGGUAUAUUGUAUUUUUCUUUCCUUGUAAAGGUAGGAACCAUUAGAUUGCCCGAAAAUUUGUGUAGUUAAGUUUGAGAUUGACUGGCUCAAAUCAUCCUGCCUAGAGCGCCACUGUUUUUUUUAUAUUUUUUCUGUAGAGGGUUUGUGAUAUUUUGUGUUUAUGGGCUUUGCCAAUAUCUUUCAAUCAGCAUUACAUGCAAUUUUAUAUUAAUAAUUUUCUCUUAGAUUAA